CGUCGCGCGUUUAACACUUGGGUCGCGUGCCAAGCUUAGCCAAUCAGCGCGCUUCUUUAUAUUCGGGGGGAAAAUAAUGGAUUGCAAAUAUUGUCAGACAAGGAGCACAACUUAAGGAUCACUGAACCACCUGGUGUAGUCGAUUUUUGAUGCUUCGUUCAGGCAGUCUAGAGUACCUCCUCUAGAGCAAGAAGUGUGGUGGACAGCGCUUCGACUGAAAAUGGCCACCGUAACCCCGGACGACGUGCAAUCUUUCAAAGCAGCGUUCGAUGUUUUCGACCACGACAAAACCGGAGAAAUAGAAUACGUGGAUUUUCCCAACGCAGUUCGAUCCCUCGGCUUCAACCCAACGAACAACCAAGUGGCCGAGGUGCUCAAAGCUUGCAACAAGAGCGAAAAGGAUAAAAUUAAUUUUGACGAAUUUGCAGAAAUGUUGGGGAAAUUUAAUGAAUGCAAGAAGGAGGACGCCGAAGAAUCACUCCGCGAGGCAUUCAAGAAGUUCGACCGUGACGGUAACGGCUACAUAUCCCCGGAUGAACUACUGUACGUUGUAUGUAACAGCGGCGAGAAGUUGAGCCGAGAAGAAGCGGAGGAACUCAUCAGCAUGUUUGACAAAAACGAUGACGGCCAGUUGUCCUGGGAGGAGUUUGUGGAGUUCUUCAAAUGCGACAGAGAAGCCACAGAAGGUAACAUGACCAUCCCGGAAGAGACUUCCCGAGGAGAACCACAGCUAAUUUAGAGGUGUCACAUUGAGGAUUUUGUCACGCAACAGUCACAGUAAGUCACACAACACUCGAGACCAAGCUGGUUGGUUACCUUCGCAAAAAGAUCAAACAGUGACUGUAUCGAAAUCUCAGAUUUAUUUCAGAAUGACUUCGCAAAUAUCUUCCUGAUCGAUGGUCUAACAGUUAUUAUUUAGGUGACAUUGAUCUCAUGCAUGAUUGUUCAAGUUCCUUCAAUUUCUUUGUGGCUUCAAAACCUUAUUAUACUGUAAAGAUUUCCCUUUUCAAAGUUUUUUUAAUUUGUACCUAACUUACAACAUGGCCCAAUUGAAUGACUCCGCAAUAUUCACAGUCGUUUGCAUCGCAUUUUCGUUCAUAACUUUAAGAAUAUGCUUAAACCAUUUUAAAUGUGAAAAUCUGCAUCUUUUUCAAUUUGUAUUGUAGGAAGAGUUAAGCCAUCUAUUCUUAGACAAACUUGAAAACCACAUCAACUUGUCUGAGUACGGUUCUCACCGGUUUGUUAUCCCAGUGUAAAGUGAAAAUAAAUGACUAGCUUUAUCACA